CUGCCUUGCUUUCGCUUGCAAUCCACUCAUUUUAAUAUCUUCAUUCACGGCACCAAUGCUAAAGCGGUUCCAGUGCUUAUUCACCCGAAGCGAUCCGGGUUGGUCUUCCGAAUUGAAUACCCAACUCCAGCCUUCCACGGAUUGAUAUAGGCUGUGGGAACCGCCAUCCGAAUUAAAGAUGGAUCAGGGAGCAAUAAUUGGAUCCAGUGGUCGUCGGUGUUACGACGCUUUUGCGGAUCCUCAAGUGGACCAACAUGUGCAGAAGGGUAUUGAAUACCACGAAUCAGGAGAACUUGAAAAGGCGACCCAUCAUUUUCGAUUAGCAGCCAAACAAGGAUCACCCAUUGGUAUGUUCCUUUACGGGAUCUCCUUGCGUCACGGUUGGGGUUGUCGACUGAAUGGAGCAUUGGCUUUUCAAUAUCUACAAAAGGCGGCAGAACAUGCGGUGGAAGACUUGUUACACAGUGAUUAUGCAUUAGCGUCCAAGGGUGAAUUGAUUAUGGCUAUUUACGAACUGGGAGUUUCUUUUCAACAAGGAUGGGGCGUGGCCAAGAACAAAGAAACCGCCUUUUAUUACUUCAAAAUUGCGGCGGAAUUAGGCGAUGCCGACGCUCAAAACGAUACAGCUCAUUGUUUCUAUCAUGCUCAGGGAACAAAAAAGGACAUGUUCCAAGCAGCUAAAUAUUAUCGAUUGGCUGCAGCACAAGGUCGAGGAUUGCUCGGAAACUCGUGGAUCUUCAAAUCAAAAUACGAUCCGCAGGUUGGAUCGUCAUCAUCCUCAUCUACUUUAUGAUAAAUAGUAUACAGCAUUACAGAAAUUCGUCAUGUAGGUCGCUGGUUCGACUGCAAAGAAAAAACAAAAAAUGAGAAGCUUUUUCAAUAAAGGGACCUGUUUCGAUUGAUAAUAAUAUUGUAGGGUGGAUGCUAAUGAUAAAAGCUGAAGCGAGCUUGAAAAAUAGGUAUGAUGACAAAGGGAUGAUAUGCGAAUAAAAGAAAUAGAAUGUUUGGGUUGCCAAAGCAAUGUGGCGUGUAGCUUGCGUAAAAUUGGUCGCUAGUUCUCGGUUGUUGCUUCGUGCCAACAAACAUACAAUCAAAUGCAUUCCAGGGUUAUGCAUCCGCAUCUGAAAAUUGAAUUAGUGGACCAUUGUAACCUCUCUAUCCA